GCGCGGCGAUCCCGGGCGCCGACGCCAGGCGCUGGCCGUGGUGCUGAUUCUGUCAGGCGCUGGCGGCGGCAGCGGCCGCGCUCCCUCUCCUCGGCCGGACCCCGCUCCGUGCCCCGCGUCCACGCCCCGUCGAGCCCCCUGCCCUCCCGCCGCGGCCCCCGCCGGGGCGCGGCCACCACCAGCACCAUGCGCCCGGCAGCCCUGCUGCUCCUGCCCUCGCUGCUGGCGCUCCUGGCUCACGGACUCUUCUCUGAGGCCCCGACCAUGGGGGAAGGGCAGGUCCCGGGCAUCGAGGAGGUGGACAUGGAGCUGACCGCGGCCCCCACACCAGAGCAGCCCCAGCACGGCGUCCACUUCGUUACAACGGCCCCAACCCUAAAGCUGCUCAACCACCACCCGCUGCUUGAGGAAUUCCUCCAAGAGGGGCUGGAGAGGGGCGCGGAGGAGCUGAGGCCAGCACUGCCCUUCCAGCCUGACCCUUCUACGCCAUUUACCCCAAGUCCCCUCCCACGCCUGGCCAACCAGGACAGCCGCCCCGUCUUCACCAGCCCCACUCCGGCCAUGGCUGCAGUGCCCACCCGGGAGGGGCCCUGGAGCCCCAGGUCAGAGCCCUCUAUGCUUCAUCUCACAGCCCCCCUCCCUCCAGGGCCCAGCAUGGCAGUGCCCACCCUGGGCCCCGGGGAGAGGCCCAAUACUGCCCCCACUAGCAGAGCGUGGACGCCAACCCAAGAGGGCCCUGGAGACAUGGGCAGACCCUGGGCACCAGCGGUCAUGUCCCAGACCGCAGGGCUGCGGAUUGAGGGCACCAUCGCCACUUCGACAGCUUCGGGGGAUGAUGAGGAGACCACCACCACCACCACCAUCAUCACCACGACGAUCACCACUGUCCAGCCACCCGGCCCCUGCAGUUGGAAUUUCUCAGGCCCUGAGGGCUCUCUGGACUCCCCCACUGCUUCCAACGUGCCCUCUGACGUUGGCCUGGACUGUUUCUACUACAUCUCCGUCUACCCUGGCUACGGUGUGGAAAUCAAGGUCCAGAAUAUCAGUCUCCUCGAGGGGGAGACAGUGACUGUGGAGGGCCUGGGGGGGCCUGAUCCCCUGCCGCUGGCCAACCAGUCUUUCCUGCUAAGGGGCCAGGUUAUCCGCAGCCCCACCCACCAAGCGGCCCUGAGGUUCCAGAGUCUUCCACCUCCUGCUGGGCCGGGCACCUUCCAUUUCCACUAUCAAGCUUAUCUCCUGAGCUGCCGCUUUCCCCGACGUCCUGCCUACGGAGUUGUGACUGUCACCAGCCUCCAUCCAGGAGGCAGUGCUCGUUUCAACUGUGUCACUGGCUAUCAGCUGAGGGGGGCCAGGUUCCUUACCUGUCUGAAUGCCACCCAGCCCUUCUGGGAUUCCCAGGAGCCUGUCUGCAUUGCUGCCUGUGGUGGAGUGAUCCGCAAUGCCACCACGGGUCGCAUCGUCUCACCUGGAUUCCCCGGCAACUACAGCAACAACCUCACCUGCCACUGGCUGCUUGAGGCUCCUGAGGGCCAGCGGUUGCACCUGCACUUUGAGAAGGUCUCCCUGGCCGAGGAUGAUGACAGGCUUAUCAUCCGUAAUGGGGACAAUGUGGAGGCCCCACCCGUGUACGAUUCCUACGAGGUGGAGUACCUGCCCAUUGAAGGCCUGCUCAGCUCCGCCAGACACUUCUUUGUGGAGCUCAGUACUGACAGCAGUGGGGCAGCAGCAGGCAUGGCCCUGCGCUAUGAGGCCUUCCAGCAAGGCCAUUGCUAUGAGCCCUUUGUCAAAUACGGCAACUUCAGCAGUAGCGCACCCUCCUACCCCGUGGGUACCACCGUGGAGUUCAGCUGUGACCCGGGCUACACCCUGGAGCAGGGCUCCAUCAUCAUUGAGUGUGUUGACCCCCACGACCCGCAGUGGAAUGAGACAGAGCCGGCCUGCCGAGCUGUGUGCAGUGGGGAGAUCACCGACUCGGCGGGGGUUGUGCUCUCCCCCAACUGGCCGGAGCCCUAUGGCCGUGGGCAGGAUUGCAUCUGGGGCGUGCAUGUGGAGGAGGACAAGCGCAUCAUGCUGGACGUCCGAGUGCUGCGCAUAGGCCCUGGUGAUGUCCUCACCUUCUAUGAUGGGGACGACCUCACAGCCCGGGUCCUCGGCCAGUACUCAGGGCCCCGGGGUCACUUCAAACUCUUUACCUCCAUGGCGGAUGUCACCAUCCAGUUUCAGUCGGACCCUGGGGCCUCAGUGCUCGGUUACCAGCAGGGGUUUGUCAUCCACUUCUUUGAGGUGCCCCGCAAUGACACGUGCCCAGAGCUGCCUGAGAUCCCCAAUGGCUGGAAGAGUCCGUCACAGCCUGAGCUGGUGCAUGGCACUGUGGUCACCUAUCAGUGCUACCCAGGCUACCAGGUGGUGGGACCCAGUGUCCUCAUGUGCCAGUGGGACCUAACCUGGAGCGAGGACCUGCCCUCCUGCCAGAAGGUGACUUCCUGCCAUGAUCCUGGGGACGUGGAACAUAGCCGCCGCCUCAUAUCCAGCCCCAAAUUUCCUGUGGGGACCACCGUGCAAUAUAUCUGCGACCAGGGGUUUGUGCUGACGGGCAGUGCCACCCUCACCUGCCACGACCGCCAUGCCAGCAGCCCCAAGUGGAGUGACCGGGCCCCAAAGUGUCUCCUAGAGCAGUUCAAGCCGUGCCAUGGCCUCAGCGCUCCAGAGAAUGGCGCCCGCAGUCCUGAGAAGAGGCUACACCCGGCGGGGGCAACUGUCCACUUUUCGUGUGCCCCUGGCUAUGUGCUGAAGGGUCAGGCCAACCUCAAGUGUGUGCCCGGGCACCCAUCACACUGGAGUGACCCCCCACCCAUCUGCAGGGCUGCCUCUCUGGAUGGGUUCUACAAUGGCCGCAGCCUGGACGUUGCCAAGGCACCUGCUGCUUCCAGCACCCUGGAUGCAGCCCACAUUGCUGCUGCCAUCUUCCUGCCAUUGGUGGCAAUGACACUCUUGGUGGGAGGUUUGUACCUCUACUUCUCCAGGCUCCAAGGGAAAAGCCCCCUGCAGCUGCCCCACGCACACCCACGCCCUUACGACCGCAUCACCGUGGAGUCAGCAUUUGACAAUCCGACUUAUGAGUCUGGAGUGGAUGACAGGCUAACAGACCUUCUACAAGUUUCCAACUCCCAGCAGUCUCUUUCCUUUGCAGGAGACGAGAGAAUAUGAAGUCUCCAUCUAGCUGGGGUGGCCGGAGUGGCCGGAGCUCCCAGCUUCCUGCUCUCCUGCCGCCUCCUGUACAUACCACUGGGGAAGAGAUGCCACCAACCCCCCAUGGAGCCAUGCCCGUCCACAUCUGCAGUGCCCUCCAGGGCCUUGGUACCACUGCCCAUUGGUGCCCUUCCUUGGGCCCAGGGCUUGGGAGCAAAACACAGCUGGAAGGUGCACAUCACAACCAGCACCAUCCUGCCUCUCCACCACACCUGCCCUGCAACCUGGAAUUCAUGGCGGAGGGGGAGCACCUCUCCAUGCAACCCCAUCCUGGCCUGUGGCACCCUGUGGCAGGGUUGACAUUGGUGGGAACUAUGCCACGGUGCUCAUGGACCAUUGCUAGCGGCCACCACUGCUCUCAACAAUGACCUGGGAAUACCAGCGUCAGCACCCCUAUUUUUCCCCAAAGGUCUCUGCUCCUCUCUCCCAUUUGAGGGCUCUAGGAAUGGGCAGUUCUGCCCCCUGCCCCUUCAAGUAAAGGCAAGGAUUCUAUGGGACUCUCAGGGGUUUAGGUACCCUACACAGAGCUCAGGUUGGGCUUCCCUAGGCACACAUCUGCCACACUAAAGCAGGACAUCCCCUGCUCUGCUGGCAGCCCUCUGCCCCCAGAUGUGGGCCACCUUCCCCAAUGUCAGUGGGGCUGCUACAAACAUUCUCUUUCCCAUGAGUCCCCCCACCCAUCCCAGGUAUUGCCAGGUUCCACUCCUGGCCACUAUGUUUUGGGAUGCGAGCUGGUACAAUCUAGAGAGGAGCAAAAGUCCAAGGAAUUUGGUACUGGGGGUCCAAAAGCACCCGAGUGGUCCAGGAGCUAGCUGCAGGUCACUUGGAGCCUGUAAUGUAGUAUAUGGGGUGUGGGCUCCAAUCAGAGAACAAUCUUCUAUUUCUGUUGUUUCCUUAUUAAAGAGGUGUUUUUGAAAAAACCACUAA